AUGACUAAUGCUACUGAAUCCUGGGAUGAACUGGAAGAGAUGGACAGGGAACUGUCUGUGUUCUUUCAGGGCACCACAGAAUCCAGGCCAGCGGGUCGUGGGCAACCUGGAGGACGAACGGUAAACCGCAACCAAGGAGGCAAUUUUAAUCGCGAAGGCCCACAAGAUCAGGGUGACGGUGGUAGAAUCCGUUCUGCCACCCGUAUUCAAAAAUUGUAUAGGGAGAAUCGGAGGAAGGCGAUGCAGGAGGUGCUUGAAGGUCAAUCACCCUUCUGCCAGGUGCCUAAGGAUGAUGUUCUCGAGUACUUCCGAACAUUGUACUCCGACGAUUCCCCCUUCAAUGAGGAGUUGCCAGCAAGGCAAGUAUGGCCACUAGACGAGGGCGAUGAGUUGGCUGGGGCCUUGAUCGCCUCUCUGACGGCCACUGAGGUCAGCCGGAGGUUAGCUAGGAUGCAGGACACUGCACCUGGCCCCGAUGGCUUGAAGUACAGUGACCUGAAGAAGGCAGAUCCUGGUUCCGGACUGCUCACUGCCAUAUACAAUGCGUGCUUCCGUCCAGGGGCCAUACCAGUGUCGUGGAAAGUCUCCAAUACUGUAUUAAUCUACAAGAAGGGAGACCAAAACGACCUGUCGAACUGGUGA